GUGUCACAUUUUUUAUGCUUUAAUAGUAGCAUGUCUCUGCUUUGCUUGUGAUGUUCUUGAGAAUGGCAGAAGCAUGAAACUGUCAUUAGUUUGUAGCCUAAGCCUAAGAAAUAACUUCUCAGUUUUAUUUUUUCCUGCUACCAUUUCGACUAAAGACAAUUAUGAUAUGCAGUUUUCUAGGUGAAAUAAAAUGGAAGAAAUACUUGCAAAUGGGAAGUUACACACAGGAAAUAUUGUAGAACAUACUUUAGAGAAUAAUGAAGGAGAUAAUAAUAAAAAGAAAGAAACUGAAUGUGUGGAUGAGAAAGAAUUUAUUCACGUAGAUAAAAAUGUGUCAGAGAAAAUUUUUGAAAAAUCAUACAGACUGUUAGAAGAUAGUGUGCAUGAGACAGCUGUGGGUGAGCAAUGCAAAGAAGAAAAUGGAGGGAUCAAAAUUCAACAAUCUGAGUUAAAUAUUUCAACAGAAAGUACUUUUGUUGACUCAAAAUCACAUGAAGCCAAGGUAACUGUAUCACAUGAAAUUAGCAGUUCUCACCUAAAUAAUGACGAUGAUGAUAAAAACUUAAAAUCAGGAGUUAAUGAAGACUCUAAAAAGAGAGGGAUCAAAGAUGAGAAAGAAACGGGAAUUAAAGAUGCGAAAGAAACAAGGUCUGAAAAUGCGAAAGAAACAGGGACUGAAGAUGUGAAAGAAACAGGGACUGAGGAUAUGAACGAAACAGGGACUGAGGAUGUGAAAGAAACAGGGACUGAAGAUGCGAAAGAAACAGGGACUGAAGAUGUGAUAGGAACGGGGACUGAGGAUAUGAACGAAACAGGGACUGAGGAUGUGAAAGAAACAGGGACUGAAGAUGCGAAAGAAACAGGGACUGAAGAUGUGAUAGGAACGGGGACUGAGGAUAUGAACGAAACAGGGACUGAGGAUGUGAAAGAAACAAGGACUGAAGAUGCGAAAGAAACAGGGACUGAAGAUGCGAAAGAAACAGGGACUGAAGAUGUGAUAGGAACGGGGACUGAGGAUAUGAACGAAACAGGGGCUAAAAAUACGAAAGAAACAGGGGCUAAUGAUGUGAACGAAACAGGGGCUAAUGAUGUGAACGAAACAGGGACUGGAGAUGCAAAAGAAACAGGAACUAAAAAUACGAAAGAAACAGGGGCUAAUGAUGUGAUGGGAACAUGGACUGAAGAUGCGAAAGAUACAGGAACUGAGGAUGCAAAAAAUGCUGGAAACGAAAAGAAGACAGAGGAAUCAGUUGACAAGACAGAAAAUGAAUGGUUGGACAUUCUUGGAAAUGGUUUGCUAAAAAAGAAGAUUGUGAAAAAGGGAAAGGGACGCUCCUCUAGACCAAUUACAGGAGAUCUUGUUGAAAUUAGAUGUGAAGGUAAACUAGAGAAUGGAACAGUUGUGGAUAAAAGCAGUAGCAUUCAGCUGGUAUUGGGUGAUGAAGACGUGAUACAAGCUUUUGAUUUGGCGCUGGCGUUAAUGGAAGAUCAAGAGGUUGCGCUUUUAUACACUGAUGCAAGAUAUGCAUACGGUAUUUAUGGCAGAUUGGAAUAUAAACCACCCAUUCCCCGCAAUGCAGCUAUCACAUAUGAACUCGAAAUUAUCUCUGUGAGGGAGGGCCAAACAAUAUCAAGUUUAAAGCCUGAAGAGAGGACGCUUCACGGAGACAAAAAACGAAUCCGUGGAAAUGACUUAUAUGCGAGAGGAGAUUACUCAGGCUCAAUAAAUGCUUAUAAAAGAGGAUUAAAGUAUUUAGAAGGAACUGAUGAUGUGAGCGUUCUGCAGAUGAAAGUAAAAUGUCUGAACAAUUUAUCCGCCGCUCAGCUGAAAGUGAAAGCUUAUGCUAUGUCGAUGCAAUCGUUGGAUAACGUUCUUCGUCUGGAGCCAGACAACGUUAAAGCGCUGUUCCGAAAAGGAAAGUGUUACGGUGGGUUGGGUAAAGAAGAAGAAGCUUUGACGUGUAUGAAAAAAGCAUCCAUGUUGGAUCCCAACAAUAAGAUGAUUCUGCAAGAGCUUGGUCAUUUGAAAUCUAAGCUGGCUGUUACACAUGAAAAAGAGAAGGAAAUGUAUCAACGGAUGUUUCAACAGAAAAAGCCGGCAACCGAUGAAGCAAAAGAUGACUCGACAAAUUGGUCGCUGGUUAUUGGAUCGGUUAUUGUGGCGGGGCUAGGUGUAGUCGCUGGAUUGCUAUGGUUAAAGCAGCGUUAAUGGAGUGCUGUGUCAUGCAUUUGAAGUAAAUGCAAAUGGAAGUGACAAAGUCACCCCCAACACCAAUGUCAGUGGACAUAAUUGUCAUGGACAUCAAUGGCAGUGACACAGUCAAAUUUUAUAUUUUAAAUGUUGCAACUCUACUGGAAUCCAACGGUUUUUUUAUGACAAUUUUUUUCAAAUUUCUCUCCUUUUAAUGAAUUUGUACGCCUCACUGUUUUGUUUGCCUCACUGUGCUUAUCCGAUUUCAAAUGAAAAUUUUGUAGAUAUUUUUCAAAAAUAAUAUGUAAGUUUUAUAGAAAUGUUUUGUUCCUAGAAGAAGAUUAUAAGAUA